GUCACUUCAUCUUCUUCAUCUCUCUCUCUGCAUCUCUUCUGUAACAACAAAGAACUGAAUAUGAUGAAUGGCAGCACCACCACAAAUGCUAAAGAAAAGCUGGUGGUGGAGGUGGUGGCAGCACACAAUCUUAUGCCCAAAGAUGGAGAAGGUUCAUCUUCACCGUUUGUAGACGUAGAGUUUGAGAAUCAGAGGCUCAGAACCCAAGUGAAAUACAAAGACUUGAACCCCAUUUGGAAUGAGAAGCUUGUUUUCUACAUAAAAGAUGUUGCAGAUCUUCCUUACAGAACCAUAGAGGCCAAUGUCUUCAAUGAGAGAAGGUCCAGCAACAGCAGGAACUUUUUGGGUAAAGUUAGAAUUUCUGGUUCAAUGGUUGCUAAAGAAGGUGAAGAGGUGGCACAGUUGUUCACUCUUGACAAAAGAAGCUUGUUUUCUCAUGUGAGGGGAGAGAUAAGCUUGAAGCUUUAUGUGUCCAAAACAGAGGAGGUUGUUAAAGAAGGUGGAUUCACUAAUGGGGUUGUGGUAGCUGGGUCUCAUUCCGUCUCUGGUGCUUCUAAUUCUAAAAAGAACAAGAAGUUGCAGCAGCAAAGUCCAGCUAUGGUUGUGCAGUUGACACAAGACAACAAGCCUAAUCACCAAAAUCAGAUCAAUCUGAAGCCUAUGGAGCCAAACCCAGGGGAGAUGAAGCCUGUUGUCAUCACUACAGCACCUGGUCCGGCCAUUGGAGGCCGCGGAGGGGGCGGUGGGGUUGUUGGGUUUGGUGGGUACUCAAAUGGGUCAAGUGAGUUUUCUUUAAAAGAGACAAGUCCUCACCUUGGUGGGGGUCUCUUGAACAAGGACAAGACUAGUUCAACAUAUGACCUUGUUGAGCAAAUGCAGUAUCUUUAUGUGAGAGUUGUGAGAGCUAAAGACAUUGGAUUGUUUGGUGGUGGUGGUGAGAUUGUUGCAGAAGUGAAGUUGGGGAACUACAGAGGCAUCACAAAGAGGGGUAGUGCUAAUUCAGACUGGAAUCAAGUGUUCGCAUUCUCCAAAGACUGUAUACAAUCAUCAAUGGUGGAGAUUUUUGUCAAAGAGAGCAACAAAGAUGAGUUCUUGGGCCGUGUUUGGUUCGAUUUGAACGAGGUUCCGAGAAGGGUACCUCCUGAUAGUCAGUUAGCACCACAAUGGUAUAGAAUGGAGGACAAGAAAGGAGACAGAGCAAAAGCUGGUGAAGUAAUGGCGUCCAUAUGGUUUGGGACUCAAGCGGAUGAGGCAUUUGCAGAGGCUUGGCAUUCAAAGGCAGCAAAUGUGAACCUUGACGGGCUUUGUUCAAUCAAAUCCAAGGUAUACCUCUCACCAAAACUAUGGUAUUUAAGGGUUUCUGUCAUUGAAGCACAGGAUAUAGUCCCUGGUGAUAAAGGGCCUGCUAUGAUGAGGUUCCCUGAGCUUUCUGCAAAAGUUCAGGUGGGUAACCAGGUUUUGAGGACUAGAAUUGCUGGAGCUACUCCAAAUCGAAGCGUGUCAAAUCCUUAUUGGAAUGAAGAUUUGUUAUUUGUAGUUGCAGAACCUUUUGAGGACUAUAUGUUGGUUUCAAUUGAGGAUCGUUUUGGGCCAGGAAGGGAGGAGGUUGUGGGGAGACUCUUGCUUCCGGUUACUGCUAUGGAGAGGCGGACGAAUGAAAAACAAGUGACUUCAAGGUGGUUUAAUGUCGAAAACCAAUUCAGCAAUGCUGCUGAUUCGAAGAUUGUGACGAGGUUCGGGUCUAGGAUUCAUCUCAGGGUCUGUCUUGAUGGAGGUUACCAUGUACUUGAUGAAGCUGCUAUGUAUAGCAGUGAUCUUAGGCCAACAGCAAAACAACUAUGGAAGCCUCAUAUUGGUGUGCUUGAAAUGGGGAUAUUGGGUGCCACAGGGCUUAUGCCAACCAAAAUCAAAGAAGGGAAAGGAGGGUCUUCAGAUGCUUAUUGUGUUGCGAAGUAUGGCCAGAAAUGGGUUCGAACCCGGACUGUUGUGGAUAGCUUGUCUCCAAAAUGGAAUGAGCAGUAUACUUGGGAGGUGUUUGAUCCUUGCACAGUGAUCACCAUUGGAGUGUUUGAUAAUAGCCGCGUCGACAAGAAUGUGAUACACAACGCUGGAGCUCGGGAUUCUCGCAUUGGGAAGGUUAGAAUUAGGCUAUCAACCCUUGAAUCUGAUAGAGUCUACACUCACUCGUAUCCGCUGCUUAUGUUGCACACAACAGGUGUGAAGAAAAUGGGGGAGCUCCAUCUAGCUGUGAGGUUCUCAUGUGCUAAUAUGGCUAACAUGUUGCAUAUGUAUAGUUUGCCAUUGCUGCCUAAGAUGCACUACGUGCUUCCUCUGAUUGUGAACCAGGUGGAGAGCCUGAGGUACCAGGCUAUGAAUGUUGUGGCAUCAAGGCUGAGCCGGGCAGAACCGCCUUUAGGGCGAGAUGUGGUGGAGUAUAUGCUUGAUCAUGACUCUCAUAUGUGGAGCAUGAGAAGGAGCAAGGCUAACUUUUUCAGGCUAAUGAAUGUGGUCUCUGGUGUUGUUGCCAUGGGCAAGUGGGUUGAGUCAAUUCGGAAUUGGCAUAGGCCGGUUUAUUCGACCUUGUUUCUUGUAGUUUUUCUGUUGCUGGUUCUAAUGCCUGAACUCAUUAUCCCAAUCAUACUGUUUUACAUGGCAUUUCUGGGGCUUUGGCGUUACAGGUCACGACCACGCCAUCCACCCCAUAUGGAGAUCAGGCUUUCCCAUGCUGAGAGUGUUUAUCCUGAUGAAUUGGAUGAGGAAUUUGAUUCGUUUCCGACUAGUAGAAGUGCUGAGAUUGUUAGAAUGAGAUAUGACCGACUAAGGAGCGUGGCGGGGAGGAUUCAAACUGUGGUUGGAGACAUGGCUUCUCAAGGUGAACGAUUUCAGGCGCUACUAAGUUGGCGAGACCCGAGAGCCACCUUCGUGGCUGUGAUUAUGUGCUUGUUUGCUGCUUUUGGGUUCUACUUACUGCCAAUCAGGGUUGUGGUGGCACUCUGGGUGUUGUACGCGCUGAGGCCGCCAAGGUUCAGAAGCAAGUUGCCUUCUCCAGUGUUCAAUUUCUUGAAGAGGUUACCCACCAAGGCUGAUAGCUUGCUGUAGAGUGAUAGGUCUGCUGUAGAGUGAUAGGUCUGCUGUAGAAUGAAGGGUUAGAUGCAACUUUCGUUUCAAUGCUUAGACUCUAGUAUUCUGAACUUAUUUUGGAUGGUGUUACCCACAAGGCAUGGGCUUUUGUAAUGUCU